AUGUUCAUCACCGUGCGGUUCGGAGCGAACCUCUGGGAGCUGGUCAACCUGGACUGCCCGCUGGUCAACCUGACCGCCCACCUGAAGCGGAAGGGACAGCUCGCGCCGGACGCGGUCAUCGCCCUCCUGGACCAGGCCGGAGUCUUGGUGCCGCUGAGCGAGGCCCCCAGCCCCUCCGCCCGUGCGGCCGGCUCCCUCCUGCAACACCGGCAGACUUACAUCCUGGUGCGAUUCAUCAAGGAGCUGCAGAGGCUGUCCGAAGCCCGGGCCCAUGCGGAAGCCCGGGCCCAAGCGGAGGCCCGGGCCCGGGCCCGGCGCAAGUCCAGCGGGUCCAGGAGCGGCACGGGGCGGGGGCACCGCCGACCGAGGGAGCCGCCGCCGCCCCCCAGGGCUCGGGCCGCCCCGCUCCCCGGCAGGGCAGGCUAG